GGAGUGUGAGAGACAAAGGCAGAGGAAAGGAGCUAUUCUCAUCUUCCUUAAGUCAUUCACUGAGGCAGGAGAGCAACUUCUCAGCAGGAAGGCGGAAACACAGAUCAGACCCCAUUUUUUUUGUCUUGAUUUUCUUAUUUAUUUCCUGGACUCAGCUGCAUGUCGCCCUGAGCACCAGCCCACCUCUUAAACAAAAACAUUUUUCUUUUCAUUUGGAGCGACUCUUAACUCUCUGACUAUCUAGUGAAGCAACGCAUAAUUCCUAGUUCCUGUGAUGUGUGGAGCUGGAAUCAUCUUAUCCCUGAGUUAAGGGACAGAAGAGGAGCUAUUUUUUCAAGGAGUCACUUAUGUGGAUUUGAGACAAACCCAUGUGAAAGUUUUGUUUUCAGUUGUCUCUGCUUAGCAGACGGGAACUCAGCCCUGCUGUUUUGUGUUUUCCUGCUGGUUGCCUCUGUAAGCCCUGGAGGUGAAGAGGCUCACAGGCUGGCAGGCUGCAGCUAUGGACUUUGAGAGGUUCCCUCCUUUCUCAUCAGUGACCCCUCCUUUUAAAUCACCAUGUCGGACGACUUUGCUGCCUCCAUCCUCUACAUUGUCCUGGAGCUGUUGAUCGCAGUGUUCUCCGUGCUGGGAAAUGUGUUGGUCUGCUGGGCCGUUUGCCUUAACAGUAACCUGCAGAGCAUCACCAACUUCUUCGUGGUGUCGCUGGCCGUGGCUGACAUCGCAGUGGGAGUCCUGGCUAUCCCUUUCGCCAUCGCUAUCAGCACCGGAUUCUGCUCCAACUUCUAUGGCUGCCUGUUCAUAGCGUGCUUUGUGCUGGUUCUCACACAGAACUCCAUCUUCAGCCUGCUCGCAAUCGCCAUAGAUCGCUACUUUGCAAUUAAAUUGCCACUCAGGUACAACAGUUUGGUGACAAGCCAGCGGGCUCAAGGCAUCAUAGCCAUUUGCUGGGCUCUCUCAAUCAUCAUUGGUCUGACCCCAAUGAUGGGCUGGCAUGAAGUGUCCAACAGCACCAAAAGCACUAACAGCAGCUGCCAGCCCGGCCUGAUGGAGUGUUUGUUUAUGGAUGUGGUGACAAUGGAGUAUAUGGUUUACUUCAACUUCUUUGCCUUUGUUCUAAUCCCACUCUUGUUGAUGCUUGCCAUCUACCUGUGCAUCUUUAUGGCAGCUCGCCACCAACUGAAGUUGAUAAAGGUGAAAGCAUUUCAUGGAGAAAAGUCACGCUCCACACUGCAGAAGGAGGUUCAGGCUGCUAAGUCUUUGGCCAUCAUUGUUGGGCUGUUUGCAGUCUGCUGGCUACCUCUGCACAUCAUUAACUGCUUCACCCUGUUCUGCCCUGAGUGCCGCCCUCCUCCUGCUUGGAUUAUGUACUUUGCCAUCAUCCUCUCUCAUGCCAACUCAGUGAUCAACCCCUUCAUUUACGCCUACCGUAUACGGGAGUUCAGAAAGACUUUCCGUCGGAUUAUCUGGCGCCACAUCCUGGGCCGACAUCAGGUGUUAGAGAGUAGCGGCAGUGAUCGAAACUCUACAUACACAACACUUACAGACUCAAUCAGACUCAAAGCAAACAAGUUCAAAUUUAGCCUCUUCACAGUGCCCAUCAGAAGCAGCAGCUGUAAAAAUUCCAGUAAGCAUCCUGCUCAUAUCUCUCCUGUAGGGGGCGGCCUGGUAGCAAUCUCUCAACCUCCCCUGUCAGUCGUCAUCUCAAAUUGUCCUCAUGUAGGGACAUGUGCACUGAAAGCCCUCAGGCAGACUGAAAUCCCACUGGCCCAUCGUCUAUGUUUUGAAGAACAAGAGCAGGACUGCGUAGGAGAAGAAGUCCUGGAGGAAAAAGGAAAACAGAACCUCGUCUCGACCCAGGUCUCACCACUGUUCACUAACCAGAAAAGGAAGAAUUGCUUUUGUGAGCAGCAAAGAGUGUCCUGACAAAUACAGGAAGGAUAGAGAACUAAUUCAGGAGCAAAGCGAUCAAAUAUCCUCUGGGGAUUGGAGAGGAGAUGAGAGCAUGGAUAACAGAUAAUAGGCAAUAAAUGCCACUGAGAUAAAUUAAAUACACAGACUUUUUAUGUAAGCCGGAGGGACGAUCUAUAAAGGACUGCUUGUGGUCUGGAUCGCUCAAAGUGCCACUUCCCCUAGAAUGAAGAGGACAAUGAUUUAGAUAGAUGAAGCAGCUGACUCAUCUAUUGUUAACCUAAAGGUCCUUUGUUUGUCACAGACUAUUUAUUUUAUCUGACCAGACCAUCAAAAAAACCAAAUACUUUUGUUCUUCUUAACAAAUAAAUCGUGGUCUUUGAAAAUGCACUUUGUAUUGUAAUUUACUUAAACAUGUGCAGGCUGUCAAACAUUCAGUCAUCUGUGAAAGUAUUGCUUUAAAGUUUUCUGAAAUAAGAAUAUAUAGGGCUACACAUACAUUUCACCUGUUCUUUACUUUCCCCUUUAUGAAAGUAAGACUUUUGUCACUCAGUCACAAACUUUGGGUUUUAUUUUUCAUCCCACAGGGUAUCCAGCAGUUCAGACCACUAUCCUGCAUGUGUAUUUAAAUCUGAGGGUGGAAUUGGGAUUAAUGCAAUACUGUUUGCUUUAAUGUGUUUUUAAUUUUUUUUUCAAAUGUAAAAUAAAGAGUAAUUU